AUGACGUCCUCUAUGCUCCGCAGACAGCUGAAGAACCUGGUCCAGAACUACUCCCGAGCUGAGGUCAAGGUGAGAGAGGCGACGUCUAAUGACCCGUGGGGCCCAUCCAGCACUCAGAUGGCAGACCUGUCUGAUCUGACCUAUGUGGUGGCCUGCAACGAGAUCAUGACAAUGCUCUGGAAGCGCCUUAAAGACGACAAGAACUGGAGACACAUUCACAAGUCCCUGACACUGCUGGAGUACCUGUUAAAGACCGGGGACGAUCGUGUGCUCCUGAAAAUGAAAGACAACAUCUACAUCGUCAAAGCCCUCACAGAGUAUCGCUUUGUAGAAAAAGAUGGCAAAGAUCAGGGUGGAAAUGUGAGAGAGAAGGCCAAAGUUGUCCUUGUUCUUAUGGAGGAUGAUGAGAAACUAAAGGAGGAGAGAGACUUUGCCCUCAAGACCAGAGAGAAGACUUCCAAAGGUUCUGCUGCCUCAUCCACGGAUGCCGUCACGGAUCCUAACUACAAGCCAGUCUACGUUCCCGGGACCUCAGGGCUUCCAUCCUUAGACAACAUACCCUCAGUGGCUGACUUGGCUGCUUCCUUCGCUGCCCGCAAAGAGGAGCGUCUUAAACAGGAAGCGGAGAAGAAAGACGCAGAGAGGAGGGCUAAAAUGAGUGAAGAGGAGCUGAAAUGGGAGGAUGCCGGGAAAGGCAAUGACGCAAAAGGGGGUGCCUGGGGAGGUGAAAAAGCAGAGAAGAAGGAGGAGGAGGAGGAGGUGAAAGAACCUAAAGAGGCCACAGAUCCAUGGGGCACAUCAGCAAAACCUGACACAAAGGCUACCACUGAUCCUUGGGGUGCUCCAGCUAAAACUAAAGAAGAUCCAUUUUCAGCGGCAAAAACGGUUGAAAAUUCAUUUGCUGCUCCAAAGAAUGAAGAAGAUCCAUUUGCAGCCCCAAAAGAUGACCCGUUCAACACCCCAAAAGAUAGUUCAGACCCCUUCAAUGCACCCAAAGACAAGGAGGAUCCAUUUGCUGCACCACAAAAUAAACCAGAUCCCUUCAGUUUGUCUAACAAUGAUUCGUUCAACGCCCCAAAGGAUGAUCCCUUCAACGCCCCAAAGGAUGAUCCCUUCAACGCCCCAAAGGAUGAUCCCUUCAACGCCCCAAAGGAUGACCCCUUCAACGCCCCAAAGGAUGACCCCUUCAACGCCCCAAAGGAUGAUCCCUUCAACGCCCCAAAGGAUGAUCCCUUCAACGCCCCAAAGGAUGAUCCCUUCAACGCCCCAAAGGAUGAUCCCUUCAACGCCCCAAAGGAUGAUCCCUUCAACGCCCCAAAGGAUGAUCCCUUCAACGCAGCCAAAGGAUGAUCCCUUCAACGCAGCAAAGGAUGAUCCCUUCAACGCCCCAAAGGAUGAUCCCUUCAACGCUCCAAAGCGCGAUCCUUUUAAUGCCCCAAAUGAUGACCCAUUCAGUACCCCAAGAGA